CCGCCGGUUCCCAGGUGACGAUGACGACGACAGUGACACUUCCUGAUACACCUGGCCAGGUGAACAACAACAGUUAGCACCGAGUAAAGAGACAGUGUGUCACAUUAAAACCUGCUGCAGCAUGAGAACAGACACAGCAGCCUUCAUCGUUACACACAGACUAUAGUAGGGGCUGCUGUGCUUGUGUUUCCAGGAUGGCUGAUGGUAUGAAGACUGAGCUGGUGAGCGCCAUCCACCUGCAGGAGGUGGAACUGCAGGAGAAGCCUGCAGACAAACCGCAGGACUGCGAGAACAACAACAACAACAACAGUGGAGAUGAGACGUUCACUGUGGAAGAAGCUGUAGAAACUAUCGGCUUCGGUCGCUUUCACAUCCUGCUGUUUGUCAUCAUGGGGAGCUCCAAUAUAGUGGAGGCGAUGGAGAUUAUGCUGUUGGCCGUAGUUUCUCCUGAGAUUCGCUGUGAGUGGCGUCUGGAAGACUGGCAGGUCGCUCUCGUCUCCACUAUGGUGUUUCUGGGUUUUAUGGUCUGUGGCGUUUUGGGAGGAUACCUCGCUGACAGAUACGGACGUUGGAAGGUGGUGUUUGCGGGUUUCGUGUGGAGUGCUUAUUUCUCUCUGCUAACCUCAUUCGCACCGUCCUACGGUUGGUUCAUCUUCCUGCGCAGCAUGGUGGGCUGCGGGGUCGCAGGAGUGUCGCAGGGGUUCGUGUUGAAGACGGAGUUCAUCCCUGCGAAGUAUCGAGCCUACCUGCUGCCUCUGGCUACUAUAUUCUGGAUGAUUGGCUCCAUGCUGAUCAUCAUACUGGGGAUGUUGGUGGUUCCCACUCUGGGCUGGAGGUGGAUGAUCCGGAUCUCCGUCGCCCCCAGUAUCAUCCUCAUCUUCCUCUUCAAGUUUAUUCCUGAGUCGGCUCGGUACAACGUGUCAGCAGGAAACAUUGAGGCGGCUGUUAGAACUCUGCAGAAGAUCGCCAAAAUGAACCGAGCUUCUCUUCCUCCUGGACGACUGGUGGAACCGGCUGUGAAAGAGAGAGGCAGCUGGAGGAUUCUUCUCGGUCCAUCAUUCAGGAGGACGUCUUUACUGCUCUGGUAUUCAUGGUUUGUGGCGUCCUUUGUGUACUAUGGCUCGGUGCUGAGCAGUUCGGAGCUCCUGGAGAAGAACUUGUUGUGCGUGACGGAUGCAGAUCAAGAGCAUCAGGUCAAACACCGCCACAAGGACGGACUGUGUUACUGCAUCCCCUUUGCACUGAGCGACUACCAGACGCUGCUCAUCAGCUGCCUGGGAGAGGUCGCACUGAUCCCACUCAACAUCUGUCUGCUAAACGUGAUCGGACGGAAGAUGAGCCUGACGGUGAUGCAGCUGAUUUCGGCCAUUUUGUUCAUGUUGCUCAACAUCUGCACCACAAUGUUUGGGUUCACGAUUUUGCUGUUCCUGCUCCGGUCUCUGGUCUCCAUGAACUUUAAUGUUGUUUAUAUUUACACCGCUGAGGUGUAUCCCACUGCAGCCCGGUCUCUCGGGAUGGGUUUCUGUACCUCGUUCAGUCGUAUUGGAGGAAUGAUUGCUCCGUUCAUUGCUCAGGUGCUGAUGUCUCAGUCGGUGAUUCAGGCUCUCAGUCCGUUCGCUGUGGCCUGUGUGGUCUGCGCUCUGGGAAACUUUCUACUACCGAUAGAAACUAAAGGACGAGCUCUGCUGCAAAGCUCCUGAUGACGUCUACAAACUGUUACCUGUUUGAUUGUAAAUACUGUAUGUUACUGAUAUCGUCCGAAAUUAAUUAAUUUAUGAAUGAAAGCUAGAGCCAGUUAUUACAAUUGUUUGUACUUGGUACUGUCACGUAAGUUUUACGUAGUGCACUUUUUAAAUAUCAGGAGAGACAAUCACAAAGCUAAACAAAUAUCUUUUGUUUUUUUGGUUUACUGGAAUCACUUAAGAAGUCAUAAUAAGCAUUAUAAUUACAUACAUACGUAUUUUCUGGUCAGUGUCAUUGUUACAGCGACCACUAGAGGGAGCCCCACUGAAGAGUUGAUUCUGCUGCUUUUAUAUAAAGUUUCUAUGUUUCAUAAGUGACAAUAAGAGACAUUUAUUGUUCUACAGUACAUUUAUGUGUUUAAAAUGCAAAAAUGUAUAUUAAUUCAUUAAAAUAUGUUUUUACAUAUUA